AUGAACGAGCCGUUGUUGACAAUGGAGGCCACUCCUGAUCAGCAUGUGAAGUCGAUACAGUUGGCGAUCGAAUGGGGGGAGGCUGCUCUUAGCUCGGCCAAGGCGAGAAUUCAUGUUCUUGCAAACUAUCGAAAUGCCUAUGACGUCACAGUUAUCCACUCGCACAUAGAAGAGGCAGAAAGACAUCUGUUCAGUGCCAUGAGUGCACUGCGCGAAGCAAGAACGAACUUCCAAGUAGCAAAAAGCGACUACAAGUUCCCUUUACCUUCGGUUCUAUGCCAGCCUGAUCUAUACCCUCACUAUUCAACAUCAUUCAUUGACCUAUGCUUGGGCGUGCAUGUUGAUCCCACAGUAUAG